AUGGACGCAAAGAUCUUUUGGAUGAUCGACGAGAUGCGGAGCGAGGUGAGGAACGUCAAUGCGCGAUUGGAGCAGAUGCUGGAUAAGAUGAACGAGUGGCGAGCUGUCAAUCACGACAAGGAAACAUUCCCUGCUGGUGGACGGCAGGCGAAGCAGCCGCAUGCACAGGAAACAGAUGCGUCAAACACCUCAGUCGAGUCAUCCGCCAGGGACGCGAAUGCGGCGAGCAGCGAGAAGGAAGAUGAGGAUGCUGAAGCGAUCAACAACAUGGCGAAGAAGAUGUUUGACAUGUUUGAAAGGCUCAAUCGAAUCGAAAGCGGAUCACACCAACGAAACUUCGAUCCCUCCUCGCUGCAGUUGCCCGUGCAGGCAGGUCACAGGACGAGCUCGCCCUCUAGCCCCACGAGGCGGAGGACCAGGACAGCAAGGGAGAGCUACAAGAGCGAAGCCCUUGAGAGGCAGCAAGAGUUUGAGGCGAGAGUCGAGGCCGCAAGAUCGAAAGUCUCCAAGUCUCCAGCACAGACCCCUGACCUCGGCAGGGUCUACGUGUGGGAGAAGAGCGACAAGAAGCAAGUCGGAGGCUCUCGGAGUGGGAGGAAGCAUUUCAGCCCGAGAUCGUCGCUCAACGAGGAGCCGAGCAUCAUCCCUCUGUCCAAGAAGUCAACGGAGAACGACUCCCUCAAGCUCUCUCGCAUCGCUCACUCUGACUUCGGACUGAAACCUAAGGAGGGAGCUCCCACUUGUGACUACCCGCCGGCAAGACAUAGCCCUGAAGGCAAAUCUGUCGUCCCCUGGAUUCCCGAGACCUUGCCGCAGGAGAGCACGAGCCAGAAGCAUCGAGCUCCGGUCGAGCAACCGGAUCGACGCGAGCGAUGGCUAGACUUCAGUUCCAACAGAUCCCUGGUUCGACGAGUCCAGCUGGAGGACUUCUCAGACGCUGCUGGGUCGCGGAGGAGGACCUCUGGUGAGACCUCAGCUGGAGAGGGUCGAGGAAAGCGCAUCGUCCACUCUCCUCGAGUGGGGAAGGAGGACGAUCGGGCUGAAGACGUCAAGACUGACCGUCAAGAUGUCGAGUUCAACAAACAAAGCAGCUGA